AACUUUCUACGAAUGGAAAGCCGGAAAAAAAAACGAAAAUAAGACAACACAGGCAAAGAAUCAGAGCUUCUGUCACAAGAUUUCCCACGACUAUGUAAAGUAAAAAAGCAGCUUCGUCAGGGAAUUUAUCGUCAAAGGUCAGCGCGCUACAAGGAUCAGAAGUCCAGGAUUUUCGUUUCAUGGGACUUCUAAGUCGAAAAUCGCCAUAAUUGUUUCUUCCUUCUGCACGUCUUCCACUUGAUAUGGUUUUCCAAAACGCGUUUAUUUCUCUGAUCGAAGGCUAACUUUAAAGACAAAGUAUAAUGGCUACCAAGAAUGAGAUAAUCUGCAGCGCGUUUCAACAAGAAUAUUGACUGCUCUGCCUCGAUACAAUAUAUCAUGGGAAGUGGAAUCUCAAAAAAACAAACUCAAACGCCGGCGACACCGACGAAGAAGAAAGGAAAAAAGGACGGGUACCUGUUAAAAAGCGUUAAGGAACAUGAGGGAGCGAUAAACGCGAUUUGUAUGAGCCAUGAUGGAACCACGAUCGUCACCGUUUCUGAAGACAAGACUGGUCGCCUUUGGGAUACAAAGACUGAAGAGUGUGUAGGAUUAUUACAUGGCCAUAAAAGUUAUAUCAUAAGCGUGUGUGUUUCGGAAAGGUAUAUAUUUACCAGUUCGGCCGACAAGACUGUUCGAAAGUGGAACUUAGAGAGCGGAGCGUGCAUUAAAACAUUUCUCGGCCACACUUCAAAUGUAAAUCGCGUAAUUUGCUCAGGGGACUUAGUGUUUUCAAGUUCUUACGACAAAACAGUGAAAUGCUGGCAUGCAGACACAGGUGAAUGCUUACGAACUUUCCGCGGGCACCGGUUUUCGGUGACGCCGCUGUUACUAGUGUCGGAUUCAAACCGUGGAGCGGCUUUCGGAGCAGAUUUGGAAAACAAUGAUGACAUUCUCAUUUCUGGUUCGGUCGAUGGAACAGCUAAGAGCUGGGGAAUGAAUUCAAACGAAUGCCUCGUUACUUACAAAGGACAUGGCGGAGCAGUGAACUGCUUAGCUGUGGAUGGUAAAGGAAAAACUUUAUUUACUGGUUCGGCCGAUUCGACGAUUCGCUCUUGGGAUCUUCUCACUGGAGCUCCCAUAAAGACUUUUCAGGGUCACCAAGGCGCUAUUAUACAGCUACAGGUUGUCAACAAGCUGAUGUACUCCUGUAGUGCAGAUCAAACGGCAAAAUGCUGGGUGAUUGAAUUUGGUGACUGUACGCGGACGUACAAGGGACACAAACAUACAAUAAAGAAUCUACAAUUCUCCGAUGGCCUACUAAUUACCUGCAGUGGAGACAAGACCCUCAAAGUAUACGAGUCCAAAUCUGGCAUGUGUAAAAGAACAUUCAAUGCAGGUAUAGAAGCAGGACCAGUUAACUGUUUUGUGGCUACUAAGGGAAGGCUAUACAGUGGCUGUCAUGAUGGCAGCCUAAUAAUCUGGGAUGCCACAAAACUUAGAGAAGAUGAAGAUGAUAUAUACCAAAAUUUCCAGGAAAAUGGUGUUAAAAAGUAAUUCAUAAAGGCUGGGUAACUUGGAUCCAUAAAAAAAAAAAUCAAACCAUGCAACCCAACUUAACAUCAUUUGCACAUGAAUUCUUCAUUAAGAGAUUGGGGGCAGUUCUGCAUAGCUGUGUGUAUUAACAAAGUUAAAAGCUUCACCAUUUUCUUGAGUUCUAAACAAAACAACUGCACCUCUGUACUCUUCUGACUCCUCUGUCACAAGAUUGCCACUGAGGGUUUUUAGAACUUGCAAAGUAAAAGGCAACUCUAAAUGAAACCAGUUUGGUGUGCAAAGAAAUGCUAGAUGCUCUAUUCAUUCUCAGUGGAAAGUUUGCACACAAGAUAAGAAGUAACAAAGUGCUGAAUUUCAGUUAUAGCCAUCUACAUGUCUAUCAACCAGUAAGUUCAGCAUGUCUGACUAACAUAUAUGUGAUGGUGAUGAUGAUGAUUACAAUGGAAGUGAUGGUGAUUACAAAGGAUCGUGUUGUCUUUUUAUUUUUUGCUUGUUCAUUUUUUUGUUUACAAAACAUUCCAACUAAAACUUCCAAUCAAAGAAUUUCUGAGAAACAAUAAAUAUUAAGUGCUACGCAUAACUUGAUUCUCAUGCUUGUGGUCAUGCCACCUGUGAAAGCAGCAUUGCUAAAAAAAAAAUCUACAUUGUAUGAAACACAUUUCCCUGGAUUGUAAAUGCUCUCACAAAAGUUAAAAUAGACUGAAGUUGUACAGGUUGUAAUGGAAUGUUAACUUUCGAUUGGAAAUUCAAGAUCCGACCAGUACUGCAAAUUUUGUAAUGCAUUACCACCAAUGUCCCAUCAAUGUGGUUGAAAAAUUAGCCACUUGAGAAUAUUGGUACAUACUUUUUGAGUACUGAUUGUCCUCUGCUUGUUAUUUUUUUCUUACACAAAAUAAAUGUUUAGCACAUUGCUACAAGUCCAAAUCAAAAAUUCAACUCUGCCAUUACAGAACUUGAGCAAAAUAUCUUAAAAUUGUACCACCAUCUUGGUGAGUCUACUAGGUGUAAAAAAAUUUGAAUAAAUAAAUUGUUUCAUGUAAUGAUCAACUAGCUUAAGGUUUAAAGAUUACAACCAGAAAUUAUUUAGUUACUAAAAGUAAAUAACAUGGUAAUGAACAGCCAAGAGACAAAUUGCUGGCAAUUUGGGUGAAGUAUUAUCAAAUUGACACUCUAUUUGUUGACAUACCGUAAUUGGAUUUGACACACUGUUGGUAAAAGAAAAAAAAAAAAGCAGAUUUCAAUUGAGGUAGAUUCACAAAUAUACUUAAUUUGAUGGAUCCCUGUUUAGCCAGAAAUUAAGAGCAAAACACCACCAGAGCUUGAUUUAGGUAUACUUUAGGUAUACUAGAUAUACUUUGUAAAUCGGUGUAUAAAAAAACAAGUGUGACAAAAACAUUUUUUUCAAUAUUUCCAUUCUUCAAUACAUGGGAUACAGGGUAGCAGAUGAAUUAAAAAUAGUUUAAAGGGAAGGACAAAAAUAUGUUAUUAAAAAGUGUUUGUAGGGGGAAGGAGUUGCCCCCUUUGUGCAUUAGCCACAGCCUUGGAAACAUAGGAAGCUUAGUCUCAAACAGCUGUCCACUAAUGGAGCAACUCACAUAUCUUAGCAGACAGUGAAUUUCUUCUCUAAUGCUAUCACUCCUCUAAAUGAAGACACAGAAUUAAUGUAUUUUGCAGCUGUAAGUAUGUGCAAUGUAUAAAUACAACUUCAUCCACGUGAAAUUAACACAUUAGACACAAAAUGAUUAUCAUGAUAACUUACUCACAGGAAUUGAUAAAUAACAUUAUACAAUCAGAGUCAGACUUGCAGUUUUUUUAAAAUUUAUAUAUAAUUAUCAAAUUAACAUUUUCCUUUACUUGACAAGUGUUCCAAAGAAAGAUGAGUUUUCUUCAUCUGGUAUCAUUAUAUCAUAAUUUUACUCAAGCUCUUCAAGGCUGUACAAAGUAAGUUUUUUUUUGUCUUCAAGGUUAAUAUUUCUAAACAUUUAUACUGUUUAUUUAGCAAAAGUCAGUAGAAAGUUUCAAAAGGUAAACAUUUCAAUGAAAGAACUUGUUUUAGAUUAAAGUGACAGCUUCUAAUCAGUAUGACAGAUAGAAAGACUUGGGUGUGUAGAUCUAACAAACAACAAAACAGUACCAACUUAAGCAAACUGGUAUGAAAAGACCAGAUAAAGUGGCCACUACACAUUAUUCAGCCAAAGGCAAAUGACUCUUUUUUCUAGAUUUUGAUGAAGUCAUGUAUCUUUGUUUGUGUAUCAAGUAGCACGGAGCAGUUAUGCACUACUGGAACAUUUACAGAUAAAACAUCAAGAAUUUAGAAACAGAUAAUACAAAUACAGUGGUAAAUCCAUGUUUCAUCAGUGUAUAUUUGCAAGAGAGAAAAACAAAAAAUAAACUUUGCACCAAAGCAUUGG